AUGGAGUUUACCACCCGCUUUGGGCUGCAUUCCCAAGCAACCCGACUCCGAGAAGCCCCGGGCCCGGCACGCCGGGGGGCCGCUACCGGCCUCACACCGUCCGCGGGCUGCGGCCUCGAUCACAAGGACUUGGGUCCCCCGAGAGCGCCGCCGGGGAGGGGGGCUUCUGUCGCAAGCCCAGAGCUGCGCCGCCGCACCGGCCGACGGGGCCGGCCGGCCGACGGACGGCUUUUCCUUCCUCCCUGCCGACCCAGCCGUCCCGCCCCUACCGCCGCCCCCGCCGGCGCCCGCGCGCCGGGGGACGAGGAGGGGCGAACCGGAGGGAGAGGCGCGGAGAACGGGAGACCCCAUCCCGUAAGCGAGAACCGAAAAGGGAGCGCGGCGGAGACGGCCCCGAAGGACGCCGGCCGGGCGGCGCGCGGCGGCCUCGGCGGGGACAGAGACGAGAGAACGACGGCGCCCUCGCGCGCCGGAGACCGCGACAGAGGGGGACCGGCGAAGGAGGAGGGGGUCACAACCCCCGUUCCCCGGCCCUCCCGCCCGACGCGCGCGCGGCAGCACGGCACGGUACCCGCCGGGUACCCACCCGCAGACAGCCGCCCGCACGGGGGGGAAGCCCGGGGGCGAGGCCCGCGCCUCGCCCCCCCUCUCGGCCCUCUCUCUCUCUCGGCCCUCGGCGGCGCGCGUUCGACGCCGUCUCUCUCUCGCUCUCUCCCCGGCCGCCGCCACCGCACUGCGGCGCGGCCCCGGCGGGGACGAGCUCCACCCCAGCGGCUCGCUCCGGGAGCGGGGAGCUACGGAGCGCUCCCCGAGUCUGCAUUUAGGGGGACGAAGGCCCUGCGCGGCCGACCGCGACCGCGACGACGCCCGCCGGGCCGCAGGGAAAGGAUCGAGGCCGCCGAGGGGAACCGCUCCCCUCGCCGCGCCCCUACCGCCUUCCCUCCGGGCACCGGCCGGCCGCCGCCGCCGCCGCCCACCGCGGGCAACGGGCCUGCGAGGCGACCCCAGCCGCGCCGCCGGGGUGGCCCCCGGACGGCGAUUGAUCGUCAAGCGACGCUCAGACAGGCGGAGACGCCGCCUCGUGUGCCGUUCUUCGGAGGCGGCCCAGGCGCCCGGGCUCGGCCCGGCCUCCGCGCGGAGGGCCAGCACGGCGCGCGACGGACCGCGGGGGGCACGGCGGCCCGCCCGACCUCGAUUGCACGGGACGACACACACGCACACGCGGCCGGGGGCACGACGGCCGUCGGCCCCCGCACGCGCCGGCUCCCCUUCGCCGCGCCGCGGCGCGGCCGGCUCUCCCCAGCGGCCUUGCAACGCUCGAGACGGCACGCGCCGACGACCGCACCGCCGGCGCGCCCCCCGCGGGAACCGCUCCCGUCGGAAAGGCCAGCGACCGGCGGCCGCACCCCGUCGCCGGUGCCGGAGGCGGACGCCACCGAGACCCGAGCCGGCGCCGCGGGUGCCCGAGGCCGGCCGGGCGGCGGACCCGCCGCCGCCGCGGCCGCCCUGCCGGGCCCACCGCAGCCGCGUCGCGCCGUCGGGGCCCCUUCCCCCGGGCACGCGCCCGGCGGAAGGCGUACGGCGCCGAGCCGGGGGGCAACGCCCGCUCGCCGCGCUCCCACGCGGAGACCGGGCGGGGAAGCGCCCCCGCGGCUGCCCGCACGCCCUCCCUUCGGCCCACACGCGGCCGGGAAGGGCGACGGGAACGCGACGGGUGAGGCCCGGGCCGGGACGGCCGACGGCGCCGGAGGGCGCCGCCCGGCAGGCCGCCCCCGCCCCCCCGGGCGGGAGGGGGGGACACUCGCCGAGCGGCGACGCCGCCGCUCGGCACGGGGCCGCCCGCGCUCGCGGGCCUCCGCCGACGGAGGCACCGCCGAGCGCUCGCCCCAGACGGGGUGCGUCCGGCGGACGGCGCCGCCGGUGCGUUCGAGGAGAAGGCCGUCGAGGGGAGAGGCACGGCCGCGCCAAGGAGAGAGCGGCCAAGGAGAGAGCGCGGCGGGCGCCGGCGGCCGCAACCCCGCGGCUGAGGAAAGGCAGAGAGCGCGCGCUCUCUGCCGGCAUCGCCCCGGUUUCGAGGGGAGCGGGUCGGCCGGCCCGCGGCACGACCACGCGCCGCGGCCUCUCCGCCGAGGCCGGGCCGCAGAGAGGGGGGGGCAGGGCGCCCCCUCCCCGGCGCGGCGCGGUUACCCGCCGCCCGCGCGCGCGGCGGAGACGACGGCGGCGGCGGGCGCGCGGCCGGUGGCAACGGACACCACCGCAGGGGAUCGGCGGGAGCGGCUCCCCACCCCUCAGUGGCGCCGCGCCACCCGCCCGGCGCACGCCUGCCCGCCGCCGGCACCGCCGCCGCCGCCGCGGCGGGGCGCGCCGAGCCGCCCGAGUCUUUAA